AUGAUCCUCGACAUGAUCAUCCUUGCUAUUCCUGCACCGUUGCUGCUUUACAACAAGACCCAAAACAGGAGAUCACGAUGGGCGCUGAUCGGCCUCUUCAGCAUCGGCAGCUUGGCCAGCAUCUUUUCCAUAUGGCGCCUGGCGUCGAUUGUCGAAACACGAGCCACUACCACCCCAACGUUCGAUCCGACCUGGUACGUAGAUGUAGCUGUGGUUUGCGCUUCACUACCAGUAUUUUGGCCCGUGCUCCAGCAAAUCGACAUGUCAAAGAUCCUGGUGACGCACGAAGUCAAAGUGACGCUUGAGCACCGCCGCCUCAGCACAGGCGGCACGGAUAACGACCCUGAUGACGAUGGGAUCGAGCUUCAGAGGAGCAAGAGUGGGCUGCAGGCCCAGACUAGCAAGGGGUACUACGAGGAUCCAUAUGUUGCGCAGCAGGUGAAUCCCUUCAAGGCGCCCGAGGAGUUUGGAUCCAGAGCCGAAAUCAACAACAAAAGCACGUCUUACGGUGUCAGGCACACACGGAAGGAGAGUGUGAAGAGCAUCUCGAGAGUGACAGCUUCUAGCAGUUUCGCUUAA